CCGAUCCGUACCUAGGACACGGUAUCGGACCGGUACCCGGCUAUGGGGCCACAAUGUACCGAGGAGGAUACAAUCGAUUUGCGCCAUACUAGAUACCCACAAACACACAGACGCAACAAGGAUCCCCGGAUAGUGUAGUAUCGGUCUGCAAUUCACGUUCAUCCUCUUUCCUCUUCCGCUGCACAAACAAUGAUCCUAAUGAUCCCCGCUGAAUAGCUGAAGAGAAUGCAAAAAGGGACGACGAGACACGUGGUCUUCCGAUCUAUAAACUCCUCCACCGGAAUGCUGGAACGAUCGCACACAGAUGAUAGCGUAUUAGCGUGUGAUGAUGGGGAAGAGUAAUAGCGACUCCACUUUAGGGAUAGAUCCUUUUUCCUUGCGUCAUUGGUAUACUACUAGUUCAGAUACCCUCUCUCUUGAAUGGUAUCCUAGGGGGGGGACUCACUCCCUCUUCCUACUUUUUUGAUUAUGAUAUAUUUUGCUCCUCCUAGUUUAGACCUCCUUACCGUGUGCGGCGGUAAUACUAGCAAUAGCACUAGUAACCCACUCUCACAUCAGAGCAAAUCGUGUGUCAAAGCGGUACAUUACCAGAGGUACCAGAAGAAAGUAAUCGAAGCCAAUGUGGUCAAUGACAGACAUUACGUGUACGUGUAACAUGAAACCAAAGCACACCACAAAACAGCCUCUGAUCCGCCCCAGGAAGAAACGGAAGCCCUACGCUAAGGUCGGGCUGUGGCACAAAAAGAUGCACAAGGGCACUUCUAGGUGAAGUGCCAUGAUAAAUGAUCACGCGCAGGCCACACAGUUAGGAGCCGUUUAAGGAUAGUCUACGAUAUACAAGUGUAUUGUUUUCUUUGCAAUUAGGAUUAGGCUUUACUUUUUAGGCGUUUACUCUCUUCUCUAUGCAGUUGAGAACAGCAGCAACAGGCAGCUCUCUCUAUCUCCUUUUUCUCUAUCUCUCUCCCUCUUUAAACUGUGUUACUGUCCGCCAAUAGCACGUUCUAACGUUGAGCACCGUUCUUUCAUUAGCGAACACCGAAACACCAAAGAUAAAAUCGGGCGAAGAGCGGUCUUCACCGACCCUCUUGCUGUCCCGAAAAUAAUCUCUCGAAGGCGUACUGACGCUGACGAGAGCAACCAUCGACUAAGAAUCUCAAAAUCGUAAUCUGAAUCUUGCGUUUUGCGUCAACUCGGUUUGUCUACCUCCUGAAUUCCGGUGAAUGCUAACAAAACAUAAUUGCUCAGAACGCACAAAUUAUGGCCCGUACCAAUCGUGGUAAAUUGUGAUCGUGAAUCCGAGAAGCACACAACUCAAAUGCUCAAGCAAUCCUCCGCGACAUCAAUAUGAGUGUCUGUGAGGUUUCGUGGGGAACUAGUGCAUCGCACAACGCGCUCCACUCAUGGCCACAUCGCGCAAAGAGACGAUAGGUGAUACACGACAUUAUUACAUGUGUCUAUAUUUUUUGUAUCCCUUCCUUUCCUAUUAUCUAGCCUCAUUAUCGUCGCUUGGGUCAGGCGCGCCGUUUCCAUAAAAUCUAAAAGCAUAGCAUCCCUAUGCUUCCUUCCCCUCUCAAGCUAGGUGUAGUUUGUGAUAGAAGAUAUACUUCCAGUUUGCACGAUAUUGAGUUUCACAAUGUGCCACACAGAAAGCACAAAUUGAUCCCUUCUUCCCCCUUCUUUUCAUCCCUGUCAACACCUUGUUUUUGGAGCACAAAACCUGUAGUUAGAUUAGUGAGCCCGACAAAGGGGUUUUUGGUUCUUCCAAAAUAGCGCGCUUCCUCCUCCAGUGCCAUAGGUGCGCGACUCACAAACCCCACUUGGAACUCGAAUCGAGAUAUUCUUCCACCUGGCGUGGCAAUCGUUAUAGAGCAAGGCACGAAGGUUACGAAGAAGUGUCGUAAUUCACAGUGAUAGACACAUUGAAAAGGGGGUUCUCCCAGAUCAGUGAAGCUGCUCCACAGAUUUUGAUGGUCCUAUUAAAUAAGAGAGCGGAAAGUCGGUCAGUCAUAAGUGUUAAAAUGGAAAAUGCUCAAAAACAAAACAAAAAGUGAAUCUAUUCGCGAGGUGAGGUGUACAAUUUUGAUUUCCCCUUCCUCUACCGCCCGCCCUCCAAACCAAACCCCUUUUUUCUUCAAAUGAAACCAAGGAAGCAACCCGAUUACAAGUAUCAACAGUUAGUAGAGCAUUAGCGAUGAGUCGCAAGGUACAUGGCACAAAACGAUAGAAAUGUAACCUCUCCUCUACAGUGCGGCGCGAAUGUGUCGCGUGAUACAUAAACCUAGCUCCUUCCCACCCAUGAGACGAAGAUAGAAGCGAAGAUGAGGACGGAUACGAUAGCAAGCCCAAAGUAAAACCCGCUCAGACGAGCAACACGCGCCCGUCGUAGAAUAGAUUCCUAACUAAUUUCAGCCAAUAAAUAAGAGGGAAAGUAAUAUAGGAGAGUGAAAGUCAAACGCAGAAAACACAAAACACAAAAAAGAAGAAAAACAAACGAAAAAGGAUAACACAAAGUAAAACCGUAGGAUUAUUGUAUGUAUAAAAUGCGCAAAUAUUGUAGAUGAAAAGCGAAAGCGAAGUGUAUGCGUCGUGUGCGUGUAAUACAAGGAAGGAGGUAAAGGGCCCAAAAGAAGGCACAUGCCACGGCCGGCGCAUUCGUCACAAGCGUCUCUUAGAGUGAACGCAGCCAUAUUACGGAUUAGUCGGCAAACAAUUGUUUUUGUUUUGCAUUAUAUAUAUACACACAACACUCUAUAUACAUGAUAAUAUCGUAUUUCUAUCUCACAAAUCUCAUUUUAUGCUAGUUUUACCUUUUAGCGAUAAGCAAAUUGGCAUCUACGAAUCACCUGUUUCGUUAAAAGCCCCACCACGCUCCCGGACCGUACCGUUUCGAUGUUACUUUUCUCCUCGUUUGUUGUAACACAUCACAUCACACGCAUCACACAAUGUCUGAAAAGAGGGAGGGACAGCCACGGGGUGCAUUAUUGUAUACUUUCGAACGAGCUUAAUCUCUGCCGCACAAUCUCGGUUGUUGUUGUCCGCAUCGUAUCCGCCCACCCACUAUGCUUUGGUCAUUGAGCUUUGAUCGCUGCUGCUAUUAUUGCUUCAAAUGCAAGCCCGCCCGCCCGCCCGCUAGCCCUAGCGCCCUCAACGUUCAAGAGCCGGAAAAACGUUUGUAAAUAGGCCCUUUUUGAUUCGAUGUUCUCUAUCGGUACGUAAUCGGGAGAAGACAGCGACAGCCUUUGGUAACACACGGCAGUCUCGCCACGCAGGGGGAUGGUUACUUCUCCAUUAACACUCCAACAAACCAAGCCAAUGCUAGCUGCCGCACAUGCAGAUAUUAGAUUACUCUACUCCAGUACAUGGGAUUAGCGCGUUUAAGAAAGUAGCUUUAUCGAAUCCUUCUCGAACUCCCGAGGCGAGGCGAGGCGCGGUUGUUUGCGCAGGAGAAGUCUUGCUUCAUUUUCAAGUAAAGCUUCAGCUAAUGAUAAGAAGACCUUCUAGAUUUUAUCCAGGGUUUAAUUUGAAUGUGGCAAAGCGCCAAGCAAGGACCCUCCGAAAAAAAAUCCCUGGAUAUAGCCCCAAGGUCGUCCUGUUUGCGGAGAGACGAAGGACUCGAUUCGUCUCUCUCUCCUUUCUGUGUAAUUAGAGAUAGAGAAUGCGUGGCGAGAUGUGUAGCAACAGCGUUGGCGUAC